AUGGCAACAAGGACAAAACGUGCGGCCACUCAGAUUCCUGAUCUUCCACCUGAAUUAUGGGACCACAUUUUCGAUUUUGCAACUUAUGUGCCCUAUACACUAGUCCCUGAGAUCUUCGAAAAAUCAACCUUCAUCGGACCCUGUUACAAUCAACAAUAUCACCCUAAACUUCGGGCUGCCCUCGUUACGAAACGAUACUUAGUUCGUGUAUGCAGACGGUGGUGGCACAUAGCCAUCCGUCACCUCUACCGAGCCAUUUAUAUUGGUAGAGCUCGAUGUCUUUCUUCGCUUUGCGCCACGCUACAGAAAUACGCGAUAGGGAAGGGAACUGUAGCAGGAGCCGAACCUCUCGGACGGUGGACGCAGCGAUUGGACGUUGUCAUUCGUGAUCAUCUUACUCGUGCAGAUACGGAAGCUGACUAUUAUUUGGCCGAUAUCAUCAAGUGUCUGCCUAACAUUGCCAUUGUUUCGUUUGCAAUGACGUUUAUCCCUGGUAACGUUCUCCCAACACCGCUGUUUGGUAUCGUCGAUGCCUUGCGAUACUCUGCAUCUUCGAUCCGCAUCCUUGAUUGGACAACACCCGCAAAGCCUGCGGUAUCUGAACUCGUGGAGCUGUUGAAGAGCCUUCCUCGAUUGCACACCUUCCAUUGCCCUUACCUUUCGUGGGGGAAUGAAAAAUUCCCCACUUCUAUCCUCUCCUCGGUCAACACACUCGCUCUUACCUUUGGACCUCCGUUAGCUGAAAUCGACGCGGAGAACACGUCCAUAAGUCUUCGGAAAAUCAUUCUUGAUACGCGGUGGGAUGUAGGUUUGUGGGAGGAGUUUAUGGACAUCUACGGGACAUUCCUCACUUCGAUCCAUUUUGACUGCAACAACUUCACACGAAAUCUCACUGACUACCUGGACAUGGUGAAUCGGCAGUGCCCAAAUCUCCUCCAGAUGACCAUCUGUGUGGAAGAGUUCUCAAGCAUAUCCUUCGUUGAUUCACCUCUUCCUUCCGUUGGAUACCUGGGUCUCAUGUCCCAAAAAUUCCAAGAAACGAGAUCCGGGUAUCGAAAGCUGUUCUCGAGUCUUGCCAUUCUCAAUGCCGUGGUUCCCACACUUCGGGUGGUCCAACUUUUAGACUGCCAUAAUGUGCAGUGCCUUCUCACGAGGCACUCUCGAGUUGUCACCCGUGCUUUAGAGCAUGAGCUUGCAGGAAGUAACUUCCGCAUAGUAGACCACGAGGGGAAUCUGUUAUCAGACAGUCUCCCGGUCAUGCAAAAAGCAUGA